ACUUCUCUCUCCCCACUUUCUGACUGUACUUUUUUACAUCCCUGCUUACGUCUAGUUGGCAUAACUAAUUUCCGCAUUCCCAAAUCCUCCCAGAUAGGGAUCACUAUUUAAAACGGGCUGAUGCAACGGUUUCCACUUUUUAAAAUCUACUCUCGACCUUCACCUGAUCAGAGGAAAGGACAGCUGUUGCACUUAGGAUCAAAGUCAGCUGCGGUCUCAAUUGGGUCUGACAUGAUGCCGGGACAGAUCCCUGAUCCGUCCGUCACCGCCGGCUCACUGCCCAGCUUGGGUCACCUGGCCGGGAUCUCUGCCACCACGCUGACCGACCAGCUGAAGUUUGGGGACCUUCGGGAGUUAGGGGCCAUGCUGUCCCCCCUCCACUUCCUGGGGAAGCUGGGGAAGAGGCCCAUCACCAUCAAAACAGAGUGGGACGAGGAGGAGGACAGGAGGAAACGCAGGAGAGAGAAAAACAAAGUAGCCGCGGCUCGGUGUCGUAACAAGAAGAAGGAAAGGACAGAGUACCUACAAAGGGAAUCAGAAAGACUAGAGAUGAUGAACUCUGACCUCAAAGCCCAGAUCGAGGAGCUGAAGAAUGAGAGGCAGCAGCUGAUGGUCAUGCUGAACCUCCACCGGCCGACGUGCAUCGUCCGGACCGACAGCGUCAAGACCCCAGACGGCGAGGCUAACCCCCUGCUGGAGCACCUGGACGCCAAGUGAUGUCGCCGAGUGAUGUCACCGAGUGAUGUCACCAAGUGAUGUCGCCAAGUGAUGUCGCCAUGUGAUGUCUCUGGGCUCAGAGGAGAACGUCCCCACACCUCCAGUUUACAGUGACGCCCCAGCCAGCUAGCAGUACUUCAUGCCUGGGUUUGGCCCAGAGGGAGCCCAAGCACUCCUGCCUGGACAGAUGUUGACCCAAUGAGAUUGGACUUUGUGCUGGCAGGUUAAAACUAGUACUUUUGGUUUUGAUGUCAUCGUUGUUGUCAUUCUGGACCUCUUGACUCGAGCCACUAUCAGUGUAGAUGAGUGUAAUAGUGAUAGAUAUGUAAUGCAGCUUGAUGAAUAACGUGCCUCUCAGUUAGUGUUACAGAUCUCUCAGGCCUCAAGACAGUCAUGGCUGUGUUUAAGUUUAUCUUUUGUUUUACCAAUGUGUACUAAGAUAUCCAUUAUUUUUCCUUUUGUAUUAUGCCCCACUGGCCUACUGUUUGAACAUUUCGUUUGUACUGUUUUGUUGUUAUUUUGGCGCAGGCGUCAUAUAUGCACAUAUAGACUGUUUACAUUACUUGUUUUAUUCCCUAUUUCCCAUUACAUUGUUACUUCCAAUCCAGUUUCUGAUUUUUAUACUUUGUAUAUUGUAUCAUAUUGACAUAUAAGCUAUAACAAAAUGUGAUGCGUUUGUAUUUCUGCAAGACAUAAAUGCAUAGUUUCUUUUCUA